AUGAACACGUCACAAUUAAUACUCUUCGGAAUAUGUUUUAUAAUAUUCUUAAAUCAACAAGAAAUACAUGCAGUUCAAGAACUUUAUGGUCAAUCAUCAGGUCGUAUACGAUCUCCAUCUAUUGAUAUAAAUCCAUCUAAAAUAAGAAAUGAUUUUUCAAAAGAAAAUACUAAAAAAUUAGAUAGAACAUCAUAUUCACGAGGAAUAUCUCCAACAUUUAUUCAAUCACGUCAUUUUCAUUUUGAUCAAUUAUCACGUGAUAAUCAUGAUCUUGGUCGGCCAUCAACAUAUCAAUCUCAAAAUUUACCAUCUUCUUACUAUACAUAUGGUGGAAGAGGUAAAUAUUUGACCGAAAUGAAUCAAGAAGGAUGCCGCUUAAAAAAUAAUUAUUGUUCACAUGAUUACCAAUGUUGUUCAGGUAAAUGUCGAUGUGUUAGAUGGUCGAUUAUGGGGAAAAUGUCUUGUUGGAAAAAAUGUUUUUGA